AUGGAAGCCAUCUGUCCUCGUGAAGCAAAGAGUGACGAAGGGCCGUCAUACAUCUGCAUUCAUCCCCAAUGUGGUGCUUGUGGUCAACUAUUUCUACCAGGUGAUAACAUUGUCGCAUUGCUCUUUAGGAGUACUACAUGUCUCGUGUAUGAUGCGUGCAAGUUUACAGCCAAGGGAUAUGCUCAGCAACCGAAAAGAGGCGAUCAAACAUUCUACAAGAUACCAGACCGUCCCGUCACCACCGGCGCGGAAGAAAGCAUCACGAUGCAUACGGAUUGUUUCAAAUUAUGCCACCAGGCAUUUAAGAGCUAUACGCACGACUCGCAAUACAAUGGCGACAUUAAAGAAGACAUGGGACGCCUAUGGCUCGCGGCAACGUGGAGAUAUGCUUGGAAAAGCAUGGCACCCCUCAAGUUGCCUAGCCAUAGUGCUCUUACAGACCCAUCUCCAAGCCUUAUAAGCAAGCUCUGUGGCUUUAAGAGGGAAUUUCUUCCAGAGAUUGCCAUGCUCAUUCAGAGCUAUUCGCAGUCUAGCAUUCUCUGGAGGCUUGAUGCCACACUUCAACUUGCGGAGGAGCUGAGUUUUGCUAAAGCAGACGAGGCCAUCACCUGUUCGCUUUCUGAAGUGCUGUGCUGGUCUCGCAAUGACACUCCCAGGUUUGUGCAAGACGAGCUUGCUGACCCUUUUGUUUGCCUCAUAAUCGACGCCCAAGGCAUCAGGUCGAUAGACAGAGUAUCUGAACAGUCAGCAACUUUAGCGGCCCAGAUGUCCAUUCACCCCAAUGUACUGGUGGUAGAGCCGGUGGAGGCAAUAAAGUCGAUUGACAUAGAGUUCAGGCUCGGGCGGAGUCGCUUGAACCUCCCCACUACAGCAAGUCUCAACGUCUGGAGCGCACCACUGCCUGUGUCGAAUCUUUUACACAUAAAAAACCAUGAGCGCAAUGCAGCUUCGGCUUCGUCUGCACUUUUGUCUUCCCAUUUCGUCGCUACCAGCUUGGAUCCGCGCUAUUGCACGGGAAUCUCCUUCUUCAUCACAGCUACACCAGGUAGUAAAAUAGUUGGUAUAUAUGGACACAGUCAUCGAGAAUCGCGCCACUCAGAAACAUUUGAAUAUAUGAGCUCCUUUCAUGGAUGUCGUCUCAUCUGGGUAUAUGUACCUCUAGCUGCCAACGACAAGGUCCAUGCUAUUGGCGUCAGGCGCAGCGCUCCACUACGCGAGCCACACUCCAUCACACUACAAUUGACCUCUGGACAAUAUAUAAUUGGCAUUCCACCAACAAAGGCCCCUGUCUACGAAACAUUAUACAUAGCAGGAGAGCAACAUGCUACACUCAUCCACAGCAGCCCAUGCAACAGUGGCAUCUCAGUCAUCAAAGCUGAUACUGAUUAUCAGUUCAAACAUUGUGGCAUCCCGUCAGAUGGACCGCCAGUGCCUGCUGCAUGCUCGUCUUCAGCGUCACUGGAGAAUAUCUCAACUAUUCAUGUCUUUACGGAUCAGUCAACUGGACUAUGUAAAGGCAUCCUGAUGGAGUAUAACGAUGGCUUAAAGAGAUCUCUAGGGCAGUGCCGUCUAGGCAUGGAUUCUGUCCAAAGUUAUCAGAAGCCAUCGAGCAUAUCGCAUGCUAGCACCUAUCAGCCGGCAUGUGAGAGGCAUCUGGUAUCAUGCAAGGGUGUACAUGUUAAUUUUGACCCUCAAACUCAACAAUUUGGUGGAGAUGAAGGGUUAAUAUGGGAGCAUUAUGAGAUGAAAGGGCAGCUCUACUUUUGGUUUACGAUGCAUGAGGUUUAUUUGAAGGUCUCUCAAGACUAG